CCAUCAACCUUUAUAAAGAACCCAAUCGACAUCACAAACUUAACCUUAUCAACUUUAAUCUCAGCAAGUUCACAUUUAGGUCACAACAAAUCUCUAAGCUCACCCAUAAGUUAUCCAUUGAUCUAUGGAACAAGAUCCAACAUUUCAAUCAUAGAUCUCCGACAAACCUUAAGUUAUUUACAUCGAGCAUGUAAUGUGAUACGAGAAACUGUAGAGAAAGAUGGAAUCGUUUUGUUUGGGACCGGAAUAGAUGGAACACAAGAUUCGAUCAAAUUAGCAAGUCAAAGGUUAGGAUCUAAUGGAUAUUCAUUAGGACAUAGACCGAAUCAUCAAAAUGGAAUUUGGAUAAGAGGUACAAUCACAAACUCAAUAGAAGUAUUAAAGAAACCAAAACAAGUAACCAAACAAACCAAACUCAAUCAAAUCUUAAACCAAUCACAACCAAACUCAAAAAAAAAUCAAUCACCACUAGAUAAUUUAGAAUCUUUAAAAUUCUUACCAUCUUUAAUCGUUAUCUUUUCACCACAUCAAUCUAAAGUUUUAUUAAGAGAAGCUUCUUUAAAACAAAUUCCAACGAUUGGAAUCAUCGAUUCAGAUUUAGAUCCUCGUUUAGUUACUUAUCCGAUUCCUGCUAAUGAUGAUUCGAUUAGAUCGAUCGAAUUAAUUGCUGGUGUGUUAUCUAAAGCUGGUCAAGAAGGUUUAAAAAGACGUCAAGAAAGGUAA